AUGUUUUCAAUGACCAACAACUCCAAGUCUCAAAAGGCAGAAGAAUUGCCUGAAGAUGAUGCAGUGUCAUCAUCAUCAACAACUCCCAAGGCUCGUCCAACCUCAUCUGGUACCAUGCUGGAUUUGGCGACGACUCGAAAGGCGGCUUCACAGCAAUAUGCGCAAGCUGCAAAGGCCGAAAAAGCAUAUCGCAUCAAGAAAAAGGCGACUCUGGCUCGAGCAAACUACAACGAGACCAAAGAACAUUUCCGCGAAGCCUUUUCUCACUUCAAACUUGCUUUCAAGGGACUCUUUUCGGUCAUUGCAAACUUUACCUACUUGAUCAGCGAGAAACGUCAGAUGAGGAAACAAGCAGCAGAGAAGAAGGCACGCGAAAGGAACCUAGAGCGAAGGAAGAAGCUUGAGGAGCAGUUGGCAAAGGCGGCAGAGGCGGAAGCGGGUGAAAGCAACGAGGGGAAUAAAGACAAGGAUGAUGACGAGUAA